UGUUCAGGAAAUUUGGAGAAGUUUUGAAAGGCAGCAAUGAAGUUUCUUUUCCUCUUGCAUUGUGAUUGCAGUGAUGCCAUUUGGUAACCUGCAGAGAUUGUUUUUUUUUUUUAAAUUAUUACUCAGGCUGUUGUUAUUUUGCUUUCUUAACUGUGCAAAACGAACUUCCAAAAAAGCCCAGCUCCAGCUAAUGAAGCGAACGGAGUUUUCUGCGCCCCUGAGCCACGUCUGAAAGCGCCUCAUUGUGAUCCGAGCCCCCAAGCGCGCUCCCCGGCAUGUCAAGUGCGCGCUUCCGAAGUCGCAGGCGACGUCGCCGCUGCUGCCACCACCACCACCACCACCACCAACCAACGUACUUCAAAGAGCAUUGCAUAUUUUGGACAACUGUGGAACAGGAGGUUGAAUUAGAGCUUUGGAAUUUAAUAAAAAUGAAAUCUUCCUUUCAUGAUACUGGCCAUAACAAUAUAAAGGAAAUAUGUGUAACCAUCUAAUAACCAGUUCUGGUUCAUCGGAACUAGUGGCAGUCCCAGCAGUAUCAUCUGCAAGGUGUUUCUCAGCUGAACUUCAUAUUUUCCUUACUAUGGGGAGGUUAAGGAACACUAAAUCAGCUGUCCUUAGUAUCCUUGUCUUGCAAAGCAUGGUGCUCCUUUUAAUUUACAUCCGGCAAAGUGGUUUCACCUCCCAGGUUGAAGUGCAGAAGGGGAAAGUCCAUGUUCUUAUCCUGUCUUCCUGGAGAUCAGGCUCAUCUUUUGUGGGCCAGGUCUUUAACCAGCAUCCCAAUGUCUUUUAUUUAAUGGAACCUGCUUGGCAUGUAUGGGUUAGCCUUUACCAGAACAGUGCCAGUGCCUUGCGCAUGGCUGUCAGGGAUCUCAUUCAUUCAGUCUUCCAGUGUGACAUGUCUGUAUUUGACGCAUACAUGCCAGAAAAGAGAAAUGUUUCCAGUUUGUUUCAGUGGGCUGUUAGCCGUGCACUUUGUUCAUCAUCUGUUUGUGAACUGCAGGAAAAUGAGGAAAUAAGUGAUGAAUCUGUCUGUAAGAAAAAGUGUAACAAGACCUCUUUUGAAAAGGUGGAAGAAGUCUGUAAGACAUUCAGCCAUGUUGUGAUAAAAGAAGUACGGUUCUUUGACUUGAAAACACUCUAUCCACUUCUUAAAGACCCCUCCCUAAAUCUGAAAAUUAUCCACCUCAUCAGAGAUCCCAGGGCUGUGGCCAGGUCACGUGAGCAGUCAAUGAAAGCCCUAAUGAGGGACAAUGGCAUUGUUCUGAAUACAAAUGGUACUGAAGUGGCUGACACCAGCUACCAUGUUAUGAGGGAAAUCUGUCGCAGUCAUGUACAGAUUUAUGAGACAGCAACUCAGAAGGCACCCAGCUUCUUAAAGGAACGGUAUAUGAUGGUACGCUUUGAAGACCUGGUACGAGACCCACUGACAGAAAUCUCAGAGAUGUACAAAUUUGCAGAGCUUGACCUGACUGCCUCACUUAAAUCUUGGAUUUAUGACAUUACACAUGGAGAGGGGCCUGGAGAAAAGCAAGAAGCCUUUAAAAUAACUUCCCGCAAUGCGCUCAAUGUGUCACAGGCAUGGAGGAAAACUCUGAGUUUUGAGAAGGUUGCUAAAAUUCAGGAGGUCUGUAAGGGGGCUAUGAACAUUCUUGGUUACCGUCUCGUAGAUUCUGAGAGAGAACAGAAACUUCUAGCUUUGGACAUGGUGCUACCACGGAAGCGAUAUCAAUUCAUGUGGCUGCCAUCAAAAACUAGCACUAAUCAGGGCUAAAUAUUUCAUGGACUCUUGUAGGUGAAAUUACAUGUAAGAGGAGGAAUAUUUCAUUUAUACUACAAAACAUAUUGGAAGUAAACUUAUUAGGAUUGGUUAAUGAAUAUGGUCAAAGAAUACAGUUUUGGCCAACCUAAGGAGCAUACCUAAGAGAAUUAAAAUCCAAAGGAUACUGGACCUACCAGUACAUUCACUUGGUGUGCAUGGUUUAUUUAAAGUACAGAAGUUUAAUUUAAUUAGCUUUUUGAAUUUAAUAUAAUUAACUUUGAUUCAAAAGAUUUGCACCCAAAACGGUACGUUGAGUUAAUUGCAGUUUCUGCCGUGGGCUUUAAGUCAAAGAACAAGGUAUCUUGGCAAUCUUCAUAUACAGUUUAAUAAGAAACACUGUGACUGGAAAAAAAAUUCUUGAAAGUGUUGAAAUAUGCACAGUGGCAAAAGAAAAACGUAUUUGAAAAGUGUACGACAAAGUGCAUUACUACACGGGGUUUUUUUUUUUUUUUGCAAUUGGAGAAACAAGUUGUGAAUUGCAGAAAACCCAAUCCACUUAAGUGCAGUCGGGACUGAGGUUAGCUCUUUUUCUUUCUUGUGUGUAAUUUACCCCACUUUGUGGUCUGUGAAAAAAUAAACCUGUUUAAUUUGGAA